AUGACAGGUGACAGCCAAGACAACAAACGUCAAAUUGAAUAUGACAUCUACGAUGUAAACAAACAGUCGCUACAAGAAAAACCUCUGAAAAUAGUCGAAUUAUGUGGAAAAGAGGCAAGUGCGCUUAUAGAUUCGGGCAGUGACGUGAAUUUAGUGUCCUCGGAAUUUUGUGCUAACGUUUCUAAAUCCAAGAACAAUAGUAUAACGCUCACUGGACUCGGUCUCGCUAAAGUGAAGUCGGUAGGUUGUAUAACAACAAAUGUGGUUAUUGACGGUACGAACUACGACGAUGUGUUAUUCUACGUUGUGCCUAAAGACUGUAUGCCUUUUGAUGUAAUCAUAGGUCACGAAUUUCUUAAAAAUGUUGUAACAGUUAUGAAAGGUUGUGAUGUGUGGAUGAAACCUGUGGAAUGGGUGAGCAAAAUUCAUUGUUUCAGUUGCAGUGUUGAUGUUGGUCAUGUAACUAACACUAACCUAAAAGAAGAAGUUGUCCAAAUGGUUGAGAACUAUCAACCAAAUCAAAUUAAAGAAACUCCUAUCCAGCUGAAAAUAAUUGUGAAAGAUGAUGUACCUGUAGUGCAGCGCCCACGACGCAUAUCAUUAAAGGAGCAAGCAGUAGUUGAGGAGCAAGUGUCGGAGUGGCUUGAGCAAGGCAUUGUAAGACUAAAGACGAACAGGAAGCAGUGGACAGAUUUAGAGAAGUUUUAAGGGUAGCAUCUGAGUAUGGCUUAUAAAUAAAUUGGAAGAAAGCACAUCUUAUAUGUCGGAGCAUAACUUAUUUAGGCCAUACAAUUGAGAAUGGACAAGUAAGGCCUGCCAGUGACAAGAUUGACGCUGUUACAAAAUUUCCAGAACCAAAAACAGUUAAGCAAUUGCAAAGUUUUAUAGGGUUAGCAUCAUACUUCCGGAAGUAUAUACAGAAUUUUGCAUCUAUAGCACGACCACUUACAGAUUUAUUAAAGAAAUAUGUUAAUUUUGAGUUCAAUGAUAACCAACGACGUGCGUUCAACUGUUUGAAGGAAUGUCUGACUACCAAACCAGUUUUAAGGAUAUUCAAUCCAAGAUUUGAAACAGAAAUGCAUACAGAUGCCUCACGUUUGGCUUAUGCCGCUAUUCUUAUGCAGCGUUCUGACGAUGAUGGUGGACUAUAUCCAGUGUACUAUAUGAGCCGUAAAACAAGUGAAGCAGAAAAGAAGUACACCAGUUAUGAAUUGGAAAGUCUGGCCAUUAUAGAAGGCGUGAAAAAAUUUAGACAUUACUUGUAUGGUUUAAAAUUUAAAAUUGUAACCGAUUGCCAAGCAUUUCAGAUGACACUUAAGAAAAAAGAUUUAUGUACAAGAGUCGCAAGAUGGGCAUUACUUCUACAGGAGUUUGACUUUGUAGUUGAACAUCGCAUUAAGCCGAAACCCUUAUGUAGCAGUGGUUACUCUGCAUGACGAAAUCAGACAAGCACAACAGACAGAUGAUGGUAUAAAAGCUAUAUUAGAGAUAUUACAAGAAAGAAGUUAUGGUGAUUAUUAUAUUGAUAAUGGAUUGUUGUACAAAGGAGUGGAAAAGCAUCUAGUGAUACCAAAGUCUGUGGAAAAUGAAAUCAUAAGAAAAGCUCAUGCAAAUGGACACUUUUCAAAGAAAAAGAUGACUGAAUUAAUAAGUAAAGAUUAUUUUAUUAAGAACCUAGAUAAGAAAAUUGAAGAUUUCAUUACCAGUUAUAUUUCAUGUUUAUUAGCCACG